AUGGGGAGAAGAGAUGGUUCCUGUGAGCACACAGAAGAGAGAAAAACCUAUGCAGUGCCUCCAGGCACUGUGCUAGAAACAGACCUGCUGGGCCUCCUGGGCCCUCCUGCUCCUUUGGGUCUGGUCUGUGUGAUGGCUGCCUGGUGUAUUUCAGCCCCUGCAGAGAAGAGGGGAGGCUGCCCCUGUCUGAGCCCCUGGGUCGUUGCUGUGAUCUCCAUCCUGGUCCUCAGCACCUGUUUCAUCUCCAGCAUCCUCGUUACCUGGCGUUGGGACACUAGGACACGGCAUGAAGAGCAAGAUAAACUGUCUUGGCUGCGCAGGUAUCCGAAGGAAAAAACUUGUGUUUCAGAGGCAGGGAAAGGGCAAGUCUGGACGUGCUGCCCCAGGGGCUGGGAGCUCUUUCAGGCCAGCUGCUACUACUUCUCUAAUGACAUCAUGACCUGGGAUGACAGUGAGAGGAACUGCACAGGGAUGGACUCCCACCUGGUGGUGAUCAACACAGGAGCUGAGCAGGAUUUCAUCUUCACUCGGGUAAAUGGAACAGUUACAGGCAGCGAAGGAAGGAAUUACUGUAUUGGUCUGACUGAUAAGGAGAAGAAAGGACAGUGGCACUGGGUGGAUGAGACUCCAUAUAACGAUACUGCAGCGUUCUGGAGACCUGGGGAACCCAAUAAUGAUCCCAGUGAGUACUGUGCUGUCAUGCAUGUGGAGGGAAAACAAACCAAACAUGGAAACAGGAAUUGGAAUGACAUCGCAUGUUUCAAACUAUAUAAUCGAAUUUGUGAAACUGCAGCACUUAUAUUUUGAAGAAACCCCAUCCUGGAUAUGAAGCUGGAGAGUCAGCACAUCUCUCGCUUGGGUCAGCUCACAGAGAGAUCUGGCAGGAGGGUUUGGAUCAGCCCUGGGCUAUCAUGACAUUGGGCGUAGGUGGUGGAGGAUGAUGUGGGACCCAAACUCAUUCACUAGAUCAAUUUUGGAAAAAUCUGAAAACUGCUGAAAAUAUCUAAUGUGGAACAAGCCAAAGUGCAGUGAGCUCUGCCUGUGAUGUCAUUGAAGCUCCCAGGAGACUGGUGGAGGAGGCAGGCUGGGAAAGGCAGGACCAGUGGGUUUGCCCUGAGACAUGUUGAAAGGGGGUUUCCUGUUCAUAUUAACCCUGCCAGUCCUGGUCCAGGUAGCAACUUACCAGGAAUAAGGUCCUAUCCAUGCUGCAAAAAUAACUAGGUCUGAUCUUCUUUCCCCUUGACUCUGCUACAACUCAGCUCCCCCUUUUAACAGAAAUGGGGCUUUGUCCGUGUCCCUGUGCAAUGCUAAAACCCUUGAAUGGUCCAAUGCUUUAACGUCACUCAGGGACAAGGGCUUGUCUACACAUGGAAUUGGACUGACUGAACUACAUAGGUUUACAAACAGUUUAGUUCCAUUGGUGCAACCCCCCUGUGUGGAGGCUUUUAUCAUGGUUUAGGACUGAUGCUUUAUACCAAGUCAGUGAGAAAUCACCUAACCUAAAUUACUGUAGGGCUCCUUUAUACAGAAAUAAGAGUGUUCGCAGGGAGGGGGUUGCACCAAUUUAACCCAGUCAGCGUUGUAGCAAAGAGGCAUAGCCUCCCUCGGAGAUUGACAGCAAGGGACGGCCAAACACCCCUAGUGGGUGGAACCAGCAAGGCCAUGCCCACCACACCAGAAGCAGAGGGGUGACACAGGAACAGGAAGUAUAAAAGGCAGGCCUUGUCACUCAGUUGGGCUGGAGCUGCUGAGGGAGACAGAUGCUUCCACUCUGCUGUUGGGUGAGGAGCAGAUAUCUGCUGUCCUGAGGACUUCUGAGCUGCCAGAUGCAGCCAACCUGAGGAGCUGCUGGGAUUGCCACUGGCAGUGUAUCCUGGGGAGAUGGAGAUUGACCCUGGGACUAAGGAACACCUGGAGGGGAGGAAGUAACCUGGGAAAAGCUGACUCCAGUCUGGCAUGUUGCUGCCUGAUCCAAGCUCAGUGUGCUGUGGCUGGAUCCCUGUUGACCCAGUAGUGGAAACUCUGCCACUGUUGGGGCCUGGUGGAAUUGGGUGGGCCUGGGUCCCCCUGCCACCCCACCAAAGGCCAAGAGGCCUGUGUUUGUCUGCUGUGUGCCUGAGCCAGUACGUCAGGCAAUAGACUGUCUGAUGCUCUGGCCCACUGCAUGGGUCAGAGAAACCCUCCUGAGGCCCUAGACUAUUGGUGCUCCACCCGGCCUGAGCCCCUUGACUGUUUGGUGCCCUGUCCUUCCUAGACUAUUCACUGCUCUACCUGGCCUGAGGUCUGAACCUCCAAACUGCUUGGUUCCCUGCCCCGCCUCAGGGUCUGGGCUUAUAGACUAUUCACUACUCUCUCCUGUCUAAGGAUUUGAGCCCUAGAGACAGCGAACUUCCCCCUUCUACAGACUGCUGUUCUAGGUGUGUGACAGCAAAGAGGCAUGGCCUCCCUGGGAGAUUGACAUUGAGGGGAGGCCAUACAUGCAUAUAUGCCUACAAGCAUCUAAACUCAUUUAAUUAAAUUGUGCUGUUUCUCAUGGAAACAAGCCCACAAUUGAAAUCAACAAGAUUGAGCCCUGCUGACACUCUGUUGGGAGACAUUCCUGUUUUAUCUAGGCCUAGGGUGACUAGAUGUCCUGAUUUUAUAGGGACAGUCCUGAUAUUUGGGACUUUGUCUUAUAUAGGUGUCUAUUACCUCCCCACCCCCUGUCCUCACUUUUCACACUUGCUGUCUGGUCACCCUAUCUGGGCCCUCUAAUCUGGCUGUACUUGCAGGGUAGACCAGGCCUAAGCAGUACAGUGAAUAGCUAUUAUUAUUCAUUAUUGUCUGUGAUAAAUAUUUAUAAUUGCUGUGCGAGCAGAAGGGCUGGAAAACCUCUUUUAAAAACACCAAACUGUAAGAAUUAUGGUCACUGAUUCUUGUCAACAGUUUAAAUAUAUUCUUAUUAGAACAAACCAAACCAAAGAUUGUGUUAGAGCCACUAAUACCCUGCUGUGCUGAGGCACAGAAAGAGGGAAGAUUGUACCUCCUAGGCAUUGAAAAGAUCUUCUAGUUCACUCUGGUCUGGGAGCCAGGGCAGGGUCAUUCCCUGCAGCACAUUCUCCACUUCCUUAUCUCACCCUACUUUGAAUGGCUUGAGCAAUGAGGUUUCCACCACUUACUUGAAGAGGUGUCAAUCCUGUUCAUGGAUUUAGAGGAUGUAUGUAUGA